UCAAAAGAGAGUCUCACGAAUCUAUUUGCUGUGCACCAGUCAACAUUCUCUUCACCGAACCCGGCCAUGGCUGCAAAUUACCCCCUUUUACUUGCGGAAGAGAAUCGAGGAACGACUAUGCCUCAACAAACACCCCCUAUUCCUCCAGAACUCACUCAAAACCAAAAAAAGUUUGGAAAAAUGAUCCACAAUCUGGUACGCAAGCCCUACCAAGUCUCCACCUUUUCCUUCGGUGUAGAGGAAAUUCGAUUUCAAUUUCCAUGGUUCAUGCGUAUCCCCAAAGUCAAUGACUGCGUCCUCGAAUUUUUGUUGAGAAUUAUUUUUGGUGGUCCUCCUAAGUCGGUGUCUACCGUGGAGGGAGACUUGAAGUAAAUAGAAAAUUUGAAACGACGAACGAGGAGGGAAUUAAUCUGAAGGCACAAAGAACUACGUGUUGAUCAAGAUUAGGAGGGUGAUCGGGGAUAGGAGUGUUUCGAUGGUUGGAAACAAUAUCGACGCAGGAUGCAGCACAGCGGUGAGUGCCUGUGUUUUGUUUUCCCAGAAAGGGCCAAGGGCCAGACCAAACGGUCGGUAAUUGGUAAUGGGGAAUGAAAGGCAGGGUCGCGACAGCGAGGACAAUACGGUAUUUCACGUGCAUUUCGGGAAAGGCAAGGAUGGAAAUAUAUCGAGCGCUCUUACGGUUCAGACUUCUGUACGGGGUUCUAUCCUUGGUAUCGCUCUUGAAAUUACUCGUAGGGAAAGGUUGCCGGGGGGAGAAGCAGGUCAGGAUUUGAAAUGGAACGACUAUGGAGUCUGACGAACAAGCAAGCAGCCGUAAACCUCUCACUAGCUGAUGGGUACCCGCUCGUUACCGUCUAUUCAAACAUGCAGUCUCCUUUCCACUGAGCCGAACUGGCUUGAGUCCAAAGUGGAGAGGCGUGUGGCUGCAAGAGGAACAUAAGAGAAGGGUGUUUCUAAUUGGUUCUUUCCCGUCCAAAGCCCCGUCUCAGUAUUAAUUUAGCAAACAAGCAGGGGAAGUAAUUCGAUGCCCUGCAAACAAAGAGAAUGACG